GCUCUACAGCUUCUUCACUGUUUUCCUCUUGAAACACGAUUAAAAGAUGGCAGUUUGUUUUGGCAAUCACCAAAAAGGCCACCUUCUCCAAUAAAAUUUGAUUUAAAUGAAACUUUGCAUCUCAGUUUUCUUCAGAGUGCUGCAAAACUAUAUGCUAUGGUAUAUUGCAUUCCAUUUUCAGAAAAGGACUUAUCAGUGGAUACCCUCAUGGAUAUUCUUUCAGAAGUUAAAAUUCAGGAAUUCAAACCUUCCAACAAGGUUGUUCAAACAGAUGAAACUGCAAGGAAACCAGACAAUGUUCCUAUCUCCAGUGAAGAUGAGAGGAAUGCUGUUUUCCUACUAGAAAAGGCUAUUUCAUCUAACAGAGCUACCAAAAGUGACCUUCAGAUGGCAGUGCUUUCAUUUGAAAAAGAUGAUGACAAUAAUGGACACAUAGAUUUCAUCACAGCUGCAUCCAACCUUCGAGCCAAAAUGUAUAGCAUUGAACCAGCUGACCGGUUUAAAACUAAGCGCAUAGCUGGUAAAAUUAUCCCUGCUAUAGCAACAUCUACUGCUGCAGUUUCUGGCUUGGUUGCCUUGGAAAUGAUCAAAGUAGCUGGUGGCUAUCCCUUUGAAGCUUAUAAAAACUGUUUCCUUAAUUUAGCCAUUCCAAUAAUAGUGUUUACAGAGACAUCUGAAGUAAGAAAAACUGAAAUCAGAGAUGGAAUAUCAUUUACAAUUUGGGACAGGUGGACUGUACAUGGAAAUGAAGAUUUUACCCUCUCAGAUUUCAUAAAUGCUGUUAAAGAGAAAUAUGGAAUUGAGCCGACAAUGGUGGUACAGGGAGUCAAAAUGCUUUACGUUCCUAUAAUGCCGGGUCAUGCAAAAAGGUUAAAGUUAACAAUGCAUAAACUUGUGAAGCCUUCCACUGAGAAGAAGUAUGUGGAUCUUACUGUGUCGUUUGCCCCAGACACUGAUGGAGAUGAAGAUUUGCCAGGACCUCCAGUAAGAUACUACUUCAGUGAUGACACUGAUGAAUAAAAGUUGUCAUAGACUUACUCCAGGACUACUUUAUUUUGGAAAGUGUACUUAAUUCAGAAGCCAAAAUUAAUCAGCUCAUAAUACUGUGGAUUUCUUUUUGCCUUAAGUUUAAGGGAAACAUCAGUAGGAAACUUAACUACACUGAAGAAUUACAAAACAUUUUGGAGCAUAGUACACAUCUGUUGCUUCAUACAGCUAUGAUCACAGCAACUUUGAACUGGAAUACCAUUUUCUAAUGCUUACAAGUUUGUAUAUUAAACAUGGAUGGAAAGAAGGAAAAAAGAAAGCAUUUAUCUAUGGCCAGAAGAAAUAAAGAUGAAGAAAUAGAAAAUAGUGAAUCCCGGCUAUUCAAAAAGCCAAAUCCUGUUUUAUCGUUUUCUUUUUUAUUUGGUAUUUGAGACCCAGUUUUUCAAUAUAAACAGUGUGAUAAUGUACCUCUGACACAAUUAGGCUUUGGAAAUUUCUUAGCACUGAGAGGAGGAGGGAUGGUAGUGAUAGAUGAAAGAAUGGAGUUUAUAGUUGUGUAGCUACAGUUGGCGUCCUGUUACCUCUGCUAACAGAGUUUGUUACAUUACUCCCUUCCCUAAAUCAAGAGUUUUGCUGUAUGAUCAGUGUUGUAAACCAUGAUGAUGACAUGUUAACUUGGACUAAUUGUUAACAGUGUUAUAUGCACUCUGAAAACUCUCAGAAAAAUCCAUAAAUGUGAGCAGAUCAUUUGAUUGUUAAUAUGCCUUUAUUUUAUUUAUCUGAAACUAUAAACUAGUCAUAGUAUAUAAGACUGAAAAGUUUUAUAAAGGGAAUAUCCUUAGAAAUAGAUGAAAAUUUAAAAUUAAUACUAGUAGAGUUGGCUUUUUUUUUUCCUUCCAGCAAUGUAAUGGAGAAAAAAAUAGUAUUUUUUUUUAAAGGAAGCAUGUCAUUUUACUCUUCAUUCCCAAAAUGGGAAUUGACAAGAGAUAGAAAAAUUAUAUUUUUUUAGGUUUUCUUCAUUGAGAGAAAUACUGUUUCCUGAUAUGAACAAUUGCAAUUAAUAAUAUAAUUGGGUCCAUUAAAAGAUACAAACAGUGCUUGGCUGUGAAAUCAGUGAAAACAAGGGACUCUUUUACAAGGGUUAUCAUGCACUUGAAACAGCAAGUGCUUCCAGCCUCCGAAAGUCACUGCCUGGAGCUCCUACUCUUGUUCAGACCAUUAGUAGCUACUUUGAUGAAUUAAAUACAUCAGUAUUAAUUCCAACGGUCUCUCUUUAGACUCUGUGCUUACUUUCCAUUUACAAAUAAUUUAAAAUCUUUAUGUUAACCAACUUUUGGCUUCCUCUUCUUAUGAAGUAUCCAGUUGGGAAAUGGGUGACUUUCUAAUAAAAUAUUACGUUCAUUGAGCGAUGAAGAAAAGUGGCAAGAUCUAUUUUAAAGAAAUGACUAAAUUUGAAGUAAACUAUUGUUUUUAUCAUAUCCUACCUCUUCCUUUGUGCAUAUUCCUAGUAUCGUCAAAAUUAAUGUUACAUAAAACUGAAUACAGGAAAAAGAAGGCUCCAUGGCUUAGAACCUAGUGAGAGUCAGAACAAUAAAAGGAGUUUUGUAAAAGAAGCCCCCUUUCCCAAUUUUUACUUUGUUUUCUGUUCUUUGGUAGCAAUAUGUUUUCUAGUUAACCAUUCAGCAAUCUUCAAACAUGAACCAGUAGCUUGGCUAUGUUUACCUAAGUCCACGUCUCUUUGGAAGUAAAUGAGAACCGUGCUUUGUUGAGUGCUUCAGUGAACAAAAUCAACUGGGAUUAGGCUUAUUUUACAAUUAAACCUACAACCAUUUCGUCAUUUGUUUUUUUUGUUUUGUUUUGUUUUGUUUCCUGUAGGUAAUGAUUAUUGCUAUCCUGGUAUAUUACUAAAUUGGAAAGCCACAGUAAAGUUAAUGACAACUUUUUUCAUUGUUAUUUUGUACCUUAAGAUUAUUGCUACUAAAAUAUAGCUAUUGAAUACUGGGUGUAAAAAACAAACAAAAAAAAACAAUUGGUGUUACUCCAUUCAAUAUUAUAUAUAUAUAUAUAUAUAUAUAUAUAUAUAUCCUAAAAAUUAGUCUAAUAAAUUUCAUAAACCAUGCUCUGUGCUUCAUUGCAGAGAUUUUAAUUAUACUUCUUAUUCUGUGGUUAAUACUGCUUCUAUGCAAACUAGUUUGCAAGCAGACUAGUUUGGGGCAUAUAAGUCAGAGGAGCAGAGUGUUCUUAACAAGUUCAAAACCCUAACUUUAGUCCCCAGGAGCAAAAAUAAAUGAGAAAACCAGGCAGAAUAGCCACUCCAUGAGAAACCUAGUUUGGGGUUUCAAAAGUCGAUUCCUUAUAGGAUUUGAAGCAGUUGUAUUAUGUGUCUUAAGUUCUUUACACAUUGUUCCAAAAGUAGAACUUGAUAAAAAUAUUAUUAUAGUUUACCUUUCAUGGCGCAUUGUUGGGACAAUGUCAAAGUACAAACUACAACCAUAGUUGGGGUUGUAUGUAGCUCUAUCUUAGAGUACUUACCUAGCAUACACAAGACUCUGGUUUUUUGAGUCCCAAUUCAAAACCAGAAACCAGAACGUUUAGAUCUAGGGAGUCAGAUGAAGAAUGAGCACGCAAUUUGUGUUUUCUCUUGCUGUUUGUUUGUUUGAUUGUUUUUGUGACUGAGGAUUAUGUGUCUAUGCACUACACGUGUGCAGUGCUCAUGAAGCCAGGAGAGGGCGUCAGAUCCCCUGAGACGGGUUACACAUAGUUGUGACCCACCAGGUUCUCUGCAAAGGCAUCCAAUUAUCUUAACCACUGAGCCAUCACUCCAGCCCCCAAAGCUUCCUGUCUUAAUUGAGAAAUGCACAUUGAAAGUAUAUAAAAUGUGAAUAUACAGUUUAAGGAAUAAUGUUAAAAUAUUUGCUUAUCCAAACAGUAUUGAAAUUAAUAGAUAUCAAUAUCAGAAACCUUCCUUGUCACUCCCCAGUCACUAAAUCUUAAACCCCUGGUAAUUACUAUUGUCCAGUUUUUUUUUUUGUAUUAACUGUUACCUUGUUCUUGAGGUAGUACCCCCCUCUGUGUGUGAAUCUAAACAGAACAGUUGAAUUCUGCCUGCUUUUGAACUGUAUGUAAAGAAUCAUUCUACAUUCUUUUAUGUCUUUCACUCACUGUGAUUCACCCAUCUUUGUUGUAGCCAUAUUUUAUUUACCAUUGCUGUAAUAGUUUAUCUUUGCAUUAAUAUACCAGUUUAUGUUAUAUUGACUGUGAAUGAGAAAGAUGUAUUUAGUUUGAAUAAUUACAGUUCUAUAAUAAAUGUAUUUUGUUUCUCUUUGAUUCCAAAUAAUAUGUCUAGGAUCAAAAUUGCUUGAUUGUAGGUAUUCUUUUGUAAUAUUUUAGUUUUGAAAUUAAAAUAUAAUUACAUCAUUUCCUCCCCUUCCAUUUCCUCCUUUCAACCCUUCCCAUAUACCAUCCUCUGAGUGCUCUAAUGUUCCUUUUCUCCACAUUGAGAUCAGUUUGGAUUGUUUUUGUUUCUAUAUUUUGACAGUGUGGUGGAUAUUCAGUUGUAUUUCAUUGACUGUUUCCUCUAUACUCUUAUUCUGGCAAGGUGGGGAGUGGCAGAAUAGGCACCCUUCACAUGGCCAUUUCCACUUUCGUUUUUUGAAAAAGUGUCUUGUCAAAUCUGUUACAUAGCUUUUCCUCAUUUGGUACAUGAAAAGUCUAUAAAUCAUGUUCUUAUUGUCUUUAUAGUUUUAAAUGUCUUCUGUAGCUAGAUAUCUAGCAGGACCAGUCUUUUGUUCCAUAAUUACAACUUCAUUCUCAGCUUGUGGGAUCUUGUCUUCUAAGCACUUUAGUUUUGCCUUUCAGGCUUAAGGUAUAAUUCACAAGGAGUUAAUUCUGAACAUAAUGGCUAAUACUUGACCAGUAGUACUUAGGUAAAGACUGUUCUUUGUUUCCCUACUUCUAUCAUAGUAGCAUUAGAAAGUAUGUGUGUCUCCUAUUGAACCUUCUGUUCCUUUCCUUUUGUGUCCUAAUGAUAAUGUAUUGCUUCUGUCACUGUAGCUGAUAUUAUUUUUAUGUUUGGCAAAAUUCAUCCUCCAAACUUUUUUUCUGUUAAAAUGUCUUUGAUUGUUCUUAGCCCUUCUAUUUUUCAUUCUCAGAUUUCUUUGAAAACUUGCAAACUGAUCACUCUGGCAGUUUUUACUUUUCUUACCAAAAAAACCCUUAAUCUCUCGUUUAUGUGUGUAUGUGGUGUGUGUUUCCAAGCAUGUGCACACCUUCCUCUGUUUAUCCAUAUACCAUGUAUAUGCAGGUGCCUGUAAUGGCCAGAAGAAGGCAUCAGAUGUCCUACAGGCAUUUGUGAGUUGCCCAAGAAGGGAUGCUGUGAACCAGAUCCUAGUCCUCUACAGGAGCAGCAAGUGCCCUUAGCCAUGUCUCCAGCCCAAGCAGCAUAGUCUGCCUCAUUUCAGAAUCUAAAGCCUUCCUCUGAGUCUGUUACCUGACUUUUGUUUCUUGUGUUCUUUCUCUGUAUCCAGUAUGCUUUUAAUACUUGCCAGUAUUUUACUUGAAAUUGUGCAGAGAUCAUUUGUUAGAAUAAUAUUUUCAUUCUUCAAAGACUUGGUUUUGCUUCUGCCUGGGGACUAAAAUCACUUUGAUGGAAUUUCAGGCACUCGUAGUUCCUAGCCCUUCUAAUGUGAUUCAAGGUUGAACUUCAGACUACUGUUCUUUUAUUUCUUGUCUGCCCUUACCCUUAAAGUUCAUCCCUUCAAAGUUCCAAAUGUGGUUUGAGGUUAGCAGGGUCCUCACCUCUUGAAUGGCCCUAAAAAUUAGUAGAUCUUUUUUUUUCUUAACCAAAAUCCAGCUAAACUGAAACUCAAAUGAAAAGAUUAUUACAAAAGCCUUAUGCUUGGAAAAUACUGAUGAUUUAAAAACCCAGUUUUUAAAAACAUUCUAAUGAUCUAGGAUCACUGAAAUGUAGCACUGCAACCCUAACUCACAUCCUUUUACUGUUGUUUUAGUGGGUCCCUAAAGAGUACACAUUUGGAACAUAGUCCCAAGUAUCUAUGCUAUUGUUAUUUUUAGGUGAUACUUUAAAAGGUGAUUACGUUAGAGGAGAUCAUGACACUGGGAAACAGCCAUAGCACCAAUCAUUUCAAAGGUGGAAGUGACUUGACUUAAGAUGAUUUUUCUGGCUCACAUUGGAGGUCCUGGCCAGGUUGAGACCCAGGAAGAGUUCCUACACAAUUUUCAGUGCUGUACAUUUGGUCUUCCAGUGUCCACACCCAUGAACAAAAUAAGCCUUCACUCCUUUAACAUAAAAAAAAAAAAAUCCUAAUGAAAAUUUAAAAGAUUUUUUUAAAUUCUUAAAUCCAUUUCAGACUCACUUUGUAGUCCAGUAUAUGACAGUUUUUAUGAAUUUCAAACUAAUACAUUUUGUAGUCAAUAGGAGCUGUGUGCUGUAUAUGUCAGUGACAUCAAAUCUCUUAAUAUUAUUAAAUUUUCUAUAUCCUUAUGUGUUUUUAACAAACUAUAAUGUGAGUUAGCCAAAGAGUUAUAUUAAAAAUCAUCUGUUUAUUUGCUUUUUACUCCCAGAGAAUGCUUCUGUUGUAUAUGUUGAGGCAACAUUAGUAAGUGCAUCUGUGGUGGUUUGAGUAAGAAUGGCUCCCAUAGGCUCACAUACUUGAAUGGUUACUCAUCAGGGAGUGGAACUAUAAAGGAUUAGAAGGAUUAGGAGGUGUGGUCUUGUUGGAGGAAAUGUGGCACUGAGUGUGGGCUUUGAAGUUUCAGAAGCCCAUGCCAGGCCCUCUGGGUGUGAGUGUGGUGGGUAUGUGUGUGUGCUCAUGCACCUUCAGAUCAGAUGUAACUCUUAACUAGUUCUCCAGUGCCAUGCCAGCCCCCAUGCACCUGAUAAUAAUAAUAUACUAACUUGUGAAACUGUAAGCAAAAAAUGCUUCCUUUCAUAAAUGUUGCUUUGGUCAUGUUGUCUCUUCACAGCAAUAGAACAGUGACUAAGAGUGUAAAUCUAGUUUGUUAUAUUUUCCUGCUGAAUUGUAUCUUCUCAAUGUGAAUUAUCUUGUUGUGCCUUAAAGUCUUAUCGUUAACCUUCUUGGAGUUCUUUUUGGUCAGUAUUCUCAUGGAAUAAUUUUCCUGUCCAUUUAGUUUGAACCUUUGCAUAGUCUAAUUUUUAGAUGUUUGCCUAGUACAUACCACAGUUGCUAGGAUUUGAUGGUGAUUGUUUGGCAGGCUAUAGUAGUUUUCUGCCAUCUUGCAGAAUAUUUCUCCCAGCCUCUAUAAUGUUCUAACCUUCCUUUUUUAGUUGUGUUUUAUGUGGAUAUUUCCAUUUCUCCCAAAAUAUGUUCACCAGUUUUUAUGUUAAAUUCUCUAUUAAAAUAAAUCAUGAUUUCUGUUUUCUUAAA